CGACGCGCACAUCGACGCCUACGCGGCCGACGACAUGGGCGGCGCGUCCGAGACGUCAUCGUCGUCGUCUGAGAUCGAGGUGCGUGCGGAGGAGCUGCUGGCCGGGAAGGGCGUGCUUGUGACGGCGGGGGCGACGGGCGUGGGCGCGGCCGUGGUGCGCAUUGUGGCCGAGGCUGGGUAUGGCGUUUGUCACGAUUGCGGAUAGUGCGGCGGUGGAGGGGCAGCGGUUGAUGCUGGAGUUGGUAGAGCGGAAUCUGCGCGUCCAAUUCGUCUACACGACCCUCGCCUCCUUUCCUUCCCAAGCCGAAGCCUUCCACCACUCCCGCCUCUUCUCUCCGCACCACACUCUCGACCUCGUUGUCGCGUGCGGGGCGCUACCUCCACCUCCACCACCAUCAGCACGACCCCCAACAACCACACCAAGCACCCAACCCAAGCCCCUCUCCCCCUCAUCACAAACGCCAUCUCUCCUCACCUGGCUCACAGCCACACCCCCAACAGCCACCCACCCCGCAUCAUCCUUCCCCUCGCCUCCCCCCACCAGCCCCCUCGACCGCGCCAUCACCGCCACGAUCCACAGCGCGCACCUCGCGCUGCACCACUUCCGGUUCGCGCCCGCUUUUGACUCCGCAGAGAGCGAUGCAGCAGGAGCCGACUUCGCAGACAAGCACUUCCUCCUCCUCGCGCCGCUCGCAUCGUAUGCGCCGCCCCCGCCACACGUUGCGCGGGAUACGUCGCUCGCGGGAAUUGCGGCAGCGGCAGGGGUAAGGGCGCUGUUUGGGGGCGUGAGGGACGCGCUUGGCGGACGCGGCGCCGUUGCCGAUGCCGACGUGAGGGCGCGGGUGAACCUGGUCGCGGUGCCGGAUGUGUUGGGUGGUGUUGCUAGCGCGGAAGGGGGAGGAGGAGAUGGUGGUGGGGGGAUAAGCGUCUCGGAGAGGGAUUGCGCGGAGGUGGUGCUGGAGGUGGCGUGUGCGGCUGAGGUGACGGGGACGGCGUUGGCGGUUACGGCGGAGGGCGUUAGGGAUGUGUCGGGUGCGUGAGGUGGAGGGAAGCUGGGAGAGUUUGUCUUGCUGCUGACUAAGGGGUGUCCCGAAACGGCAAUCGCCCGCUCCAACAUUGAAC